AUGUCCGACUCACAGGGCCAUACAAUCGUGGUAAUAUCGAUCAUAUUCGGCGUUCUCAGCGUCAUUGUCAUGGCUUUGCGUCUCUUCGCUCGAGUGAUCAUACUCGGAAAGAUGGGCAUGGAUGAUGUCUUGAUAUGUAUUGCGGCUCUUCUGUCGUGGGCUUUCAUCAUUGUUACAGUACUUGCGGUUCACCAUGGUCUGGGGUCACACAGAGAUGAAGUCAUGAAGAAAGGUGCCGCUAACAUGAACAGCUACGCACAUGAUGUUUGGCUGUCGUCAAUUUUCUACAACUCUUGCCUGGGCUUUCUGAAGGCUUCCAUUCUCGCAUUUUACCUUCGACUGGGAGAUGUUCAGCUUAACCGUCUCGCGCAGAUUCUGCUAGCAAUCGUCAUCUGCCAGGCUCUUGCCAACGUCUUCACAUGCAUCUUUCAAUGCACGCCCAUCGCCGCCGCAUACACAACAGAGCUUUCGAAGACUGCCAAAUGUGUCAACAUCACAGCUUUUUACUUGACAAACGCGGCAUUGACGAUCGUAACGGAUUUGUCAACCUAUAUCUUACCUUUCCACUUGGUUCGCAAGCUGCAAAUUUCCAAAAGACAGAAAGUCGGCUUGGCUGUUAUGCUCGGGCUAGGUCUUUUCACCUGUGUUUCGUCUAUCAUCCGAAUCACAUAUAUUCCGGGUAUGCUCUUCUCAGCAGACCAGACUUGGACCAUCUCAGGACCCAUGUACUGGAGUGUGAUCGAGACCAACGUCGGAAUCCUGACCGCAUCGAUGCCCGCAUUCAAGGCCAUAGCCAAGAAGUACGCACCUAAGUUGCUCGGUGGCUCCUAUGAUACCGGCCGAUACCACUCCCGAUCUGUACACGUCAAAGCAGGAAGCAGUGGUUUCCGCAGGAUGGGUGGUACUGCUGGAAGCAACAACUUGCCCCUCGACACCAUCGACCGAGAUCUGGGUAUGUCGAAAGGUCGAUUCGAGACAACCAUCAAUCAGGACAGAGACAGCGUGGAAAGUGAGGAGGUGGCACUGCAUCCACCGAACAGAAUUGGCGUCACGAGACACGUCCACGUCGAAGGAGAAUCUAGGAUCGUUUUCGAAGAGAGAAGUUCUCUUGGCUCUCACAAGGAUCAGAGAGAGCUCUCUUGA